AGUGACGGACAGUCAAGAUCAAAGUCUACGGGUAUGACUGAAGACUGUUACCUCAGGGCCUGCACACACCGCAUAUAAGCAGCAAGAUAAAGAACUUUGCAUACUGCUGCAUCACAAGUAGACACCCUUUGCAUAUCGUGUCUCACUCUGCCUGUCUCUCUGCUACUGCCUGUUGACACUGACGGAAAGAAAGACGGUGAACUCAUUCUCCAGGACCUAUAUUACAACAAGGCUUGACUAAGCGGUGCUGUCUCCAUACUGCCAGAGAGAGAGAGAGAGAGAGAGAGAGAGAGCGAGAGAGAGCGAGCAGUUGUUUGGUUGAAACUUUAGCUUCAUGUCGUUUAUAGCCUGUUUGAAUGACAGCGAGCAGGGCGGAAUUGGUUCCUCUUUGAUGCUGGCCUAAUUGCCACUCUCAGUAUACAGCUCUUUCUGUUCGGUACACGGCGACAUUACUCUUCUUUUUGAUAGAGCGUGAUUGAACUUAUUGCCAAUGAGCGCGAGUCGCAGCUUGUGUGAAGUUCAUCAUCAACAUCAUCAUCAUCAUCAGCGGCUGCAGCAGAAGAAGAAGACCUUUUAAGGAGACCGCGGACAAAGUUGGAUUAUUGUUGCGCAGAGGAGGAGUGUGUGUUUUCUUUCUUUUUCCUGUUUGUGAAGUUUUAUUUAACUAGAGGAAGUUAUGACUUCGGUAUGGAAAAGACUGCAGCGAGUUGGUAAAAAGGCUUCAAAGUUUCAGUUUGUUGCCUCUUACCAGGAACUCGCUUUGGAGUUUACCAAGAAAUGGCAACCAGACAAGUUAAGGGUGGUGUGGACCAGGAGGAACAGACGCAUGUGCUCAAAGCUUCACAGUUGGCAGCCUGGAAUCAAAAACCCCUACAGAGGCAUGGUGGUGUGGCCUGUCCCAGAGAACAUCGACAUCUCUGUUACACUCUUCAAGGAGGUCAAUAAUGAUGAGUUUGAGGACAAAGAGUGGACCUUUGUCAUUGAGGGUGAGAACAAGGGGCAUCGUAAGGUGCUCGCAUCAGCAGACAUCAACUUGAAGCGGUUUGCCAGUCCGACGCCGACCCAGACUGACCUGACGCUGACGUUGAAGCCACUGUCUGUCAAAGUGGUGGAGGCCACGCUCAAGCUGUCGCUGUCGUGUGUCUUCGUUCGUGAGGGAAAAGCCACUGAUGAAGACAUGCAGAGUCUGGCCAGCCUGAUGAGCGUCAAACCCACAGAUAUCGGCAACCUGGACGACUUCAAUGAGAGCGAUGAAGAGGAGGACAAGAAGUCUGUCACUGCUACAAUUCCACACACUCUAACUCGCCCAAAUCGCCCUGCUCCCCCUCCACCUGACAAGCGAAACUCCACUGGUCCCACUUCUCCAGCCUCAGCCUGUGGAGGUAAUGGCGGUCCUCCCAAUCCUGCCGUCCACUCCCGGCCUCCUCUACCUAUCACUCCUCAUCCCUCGCCCCGACGCUGCCGACACCCCUUCACCACCGCCCCUGAGAUCCAGCCUUCCCCCUGCCCCUCCCCUCAGCCCUCACCCAGAUCCAAGCAUAAAAAAUCAGCCAACCCUCUUCUACCUGAGGCUCUUGCUUCUUCUGACCCACUACCUAAUCCUCCAAGCUCCCAGGUCACAUCAGCUACUCCCUCCAUCCAGAGUGCCUCCUCUGUCCUGCCUCUCUCUGAUGUGUCUCCUGCAAAUCCUCCAUCCCCCAAAUCCUCUAACACGCCUAUAGUCACACCUUCCGAAAACACUUCCUCUUCCCUUCAUCCUUUGUCCCCCAAAUGCUCUGAAUCUGUGUCUACUUCAGUGGAGCCUUCUUUAGCAAUCCCCUCUGUUCCCCUGAAUUCCUCUUCAAAUACCCCCUCUAAACUGCCCUUUCAGCUGCCCAGUGCCUCCGAAACAGGCAUUACCUCAUUAACUCCUAAACUUCCCUCUCCUGCAUUGUCAUCACCCAAGAAUAUCAUAACAUCAUCCUCCUUGGCUCCCCAAAAGUCUUCUCUCAUUGUAUCCACUACUCUGACCCAUAAGACCAUCUCUACUGCCUCGCAGCCUCUUCCACUCAAAUCCUCCUCUCCCCCAAAGCCCACCAUGCCCUCCAAGCCUCCAUCCGCUCACCCUCCACUCACCCGGACCCUCUCUCAGCCUCCCUCUCUGCCCAGAAUCUUCCAGUCAGGCUCAGGAAAAGUUCCUGUUUCACAUCAACGUCGCCCCCCGGAGGUUCAAACUGCAGAUGAUCUUACUUCAGCCUCUGGCCGUUCUCACAUUUUCAGACCUCAGAUUGUCAAGUCAUUCGCCCGCCCUUCCUCUCCCUCUCCUUUUUCCCCUGAUGCUCCUCCUCUCGAGUCAACACCUCCUCUCCCCAAAUCUCAACCCUCUAUCUCAGAGUCAGGUGCUCAGGAGGUGUGGCUGACAUCUGAUUCUGCUCCGAUUGGUGGCGACAUCACCCCUGUCCCUCUGCUGAGUAGCCCUGACCUGGAUGCUCUCUGUGACCCUGUGGCUCCAGCCCUUACUGCCUCCCUUCCACGCUCCUCUUCUCUUUCCACCUCUGUUUUAUUCUCCUCUCUUCACCCUCAGCUCGCUGUAUCUCCUUCUCUUUCUGCUCCUCCUGCUCAAAUCAGCUCCUUUCAGACAGGCUCAACGUUCCCCAUCACUCUAGUAGACAAGAUAACAACUCAAAGCCCUCUGAGGGACAAGGCUUCUCCUCAAAAUAACCAGACAGCGGCCAACAUCAGAAUAUCCAACCAACCAAUCAGACCAGCCCAGGAUUCAAAGGCAGCCAUCACAGAAAACAAAGCUGAACCAGCAAGGAUCAGCUCACACAGAGAAGCUGCUGCUGAGGUGGACACUCCCGUCAGGCAGGAGCACCAGCCAAUCACAGCAAAAGACUCAGAAACACAUCACACAGCCCCACCUCCUACUCAACCCGGCGCACCACCAGUUAAAGAGGAGCCCAAAGAGCCAGAGGGACCCAGCGUGGAACCCGCAACCUCACCCGAGGUUUCCCCCAAACCAGCCGGCGAGUGCACGACUUUGGCGCUGGAGCAGCUGCUGCCCUCAAAACCAGAACCAGAACAAGUUCUCCAGUCAUCAGGAAAACCAAAACAGGAGGGAGCAGAUGAGGAGAAACCAGUUGACGUCGUGGCUGGUGGUCAGGAGAGUUUCAUCAACAAUAAGGAGCCAGUGUGCGAGGCAGAAAAGCAGCUGUGGGCGACUGUGGAGGAGACAGCGGAGACAGGAGCGGAAGGAGGGAUGGAAAGUAGUGAAAGCACUGAAGAGCUGGAUGAGAAGCAGGAGGAGGGUGAUGUAAUAGGGGGCCCAGGCCACCUGUCCCCUGUUGUUACCGAGAAGCCCACCUCACUCCCUUCCAGUGGACAAACCUUUUACCAGGGCUCUGCUGCCAGUCAACCAAAUAAACCUGAACACCCUCUACCAAGUGUGGCUGAUCGUCCUCAACCUAAACCUCCUUUGGGGUCUAAGCAAGAGGAAGGAAUCUGUCAGACAACUAGGGCCAAACCUGCUCCCCAAUAUAGUGGGGCACAGAAACAGCCGAUGAAAGGACAGAGAGAUGAUGUUGUCACAAAAACUGGCCACAACCUGGAGGUAGAAGCCAGUGAGGAGGGAGAGCUUGUUCAAUCGUCUGUGGUGCCUUGGCCAUUCCCUCCAAGCACAAACACUGCCAGCAUACACUCUGACACGAACAUCAAUAAGAUAAACAAUGAUACAAAAUUGGCCGAAUUGGCUAAAGAUUCACACAAGAGUCUUAAAAUGAGGGAUGAUAAAGACUUGAGCCACUCCAGUUUAAACAAGGACACACACACCACAAAGAGUGACAGUCCACAAAUUAACAGCCUUCAUGCACAGACAUACACCCCUGAUCUCAACCAUCUCACCAAAGACCAACAGCUCCAAGAGGAGGAGAGGUUCUUAUUGGCUAAAAUUCAGCUGAUGACAGGCGACACAUACCCUGUCUCUGGCCCUCGCAGUAUGAAGCUCCUAAUCCCCGACCCCCAUGAUAUUGACUGUGACACCACAGAGCUUGUUGAUCACAGUCAGCACUUGAUUAUUCCCUGCUUUGAUAGAACAUCACUAACUGAGGCAGAAGAGCCACUGACCAAUGAGCUGAGGCAAAAUCAAGAAGGAGAGGAGGAUGUGCUAAAAGGCCAACCGGCCGACCUCCCUGAUGGUGGAGGGAAGAAACCGCCGUCACAGCUCGGAGACACAACCAGCGCACACACCAGUGAUAAACACAGUGACAUACACACCACUCCUCCCCAGCACUGUGAGAUGAAGACAUCUCGACUUCCUACGUUACCAGAAGAAGAAACCCCUGACCUUAAGUCCCCUGAUCCUGUACCAGCGGUCAGAGAGGAAGCUGAUGGGAAGGACGAUGCAGCUGAGGACCUGGUGAACUCCAGCCAGUCGCUGCUCCAGUGGUGUAAGGACAUCACCAACGGGUACCAAGGGGUAAAGGUCACUAACUUCAGCACUUCCUGGAGAAAUGGCCUGGCCUUCUGUGCCAUCCUACAUCACUUCCAUCCCGACAAAAUAGAUUUUGACCAGUUGGAUUCUCAUGACAUCAAGCUCAACAACAAGAAGGCGUUUGACGGUUUUGAGGCACUGGGCAUCUCUCGUCUGCUGGAGCCGUCCGACAUGGUUCUUCUGUCCAUCCCUGACAGGCUCAUAGUCAUGACCUACCUCAGCCAGAUCCGCUCACACUUCACCAACCAGGAGCUGAGCGUGCUGCAGAUAGAGCACAACAGCAGCCAGUCCAGCUAUGGCCUCACCCUCUCUGGUCCUGGUCCCUCUAAUGUCGACGCUGCCGCUUUCUGCAUGGCCAGACUGAAUGAAGGAGUGAGCCUAGAGGAAGGAGGAAGCAGCACGUUGGUCAUCCCACCACCGAGGACCAAACGACUGGUUAAAGUGGACGAGUCAAUAACCCCAGUCCCACCCCCAAGGUCGAUUAACAAAGCAGUCAAAUCUGGAUCGUCUCAGGAUGAAGACACAACGACUGACUCUGCAACAGAAAUCACUAAUAAUACUGAGUUGCAGAGUGCAGCUGAGACCCAGCCUCCCAAACAUGAAGAGGAAACAAUGUGUCUGCAGGACACCAGCCAGUAUGUGCUGAGUGAGCUGGCGGCGUUGGAGACGGAGCAGAAGCACAUCGACAGCAGAGCCGCUGUGGUGGAAAGACGACUGCGAAGCCUCAUGGAAACAGGAAGCGACCGUGAUGAAGAGGAAAGACUGAUCCAGGAGUGGUUCACCCUGGUGAACAAGAAGAACGCUCUGAUACGCAGACAGGACAACCUGGAACUACUGCAAGAGGAGCAGGAUCUGGAGAGGAGAUUUGAGCUUCUGAACAGAGAACUUCGGGUCAUGAUGGCUAUAGAAGACUGGCAGAAGUCGUCCACUCAGCAGCAGAGGGAGCAGCUGCUCCUCCAAGAGCUGGUGUCUUUGGUCAACCAGCGGGAUGAGAUCAUCAGAGACAUCGACGCCAAGGAGAGAGGGGCACUGGAGGAGGAUGAGCGUCUGGAGCGCGGUCUGGAGAUGAGGAGGAGAAAAUACAGCAACAAAGACAAAUGUGUCCUACAGUGAGAAGAGAGGACAUACACAAACAGCUUUUACUACUGAGCCUCUGAAGUCCAGAAAGAUGAUUCUUUUUAAAAAAUAUUGUUCAUAAUUUUUGCACACAAGAUAAAAACAGGACUUGUCGGGCUCCGUAUUUCCCUGUUUUUUUAGUGCCUUUAUUUUCCUGGUGAACUGUUCAUACUUAUUAUGAGGAAACCUGAUGGGCUGCAAACUGUGUCCUCUUUGAAAGUGUUUGCUUAAAAAUGAAAAUCGGUUCAUGUCAAAGUUUCAUUAUUUUCAGACUGUCUUAAUGUAAUGGUAUUAUUUUGAUUUUCUUCGCAUUUUUUUAUUUAUUUAAGUGAUGUGUCAGAUUGUUGUACAUCUAUUGCACAUAUGGUGUUUUGUGUGUUUGUGUUUAUUCGUCUGUGAGUUUGUUCAGUAUUUGAUCACCCCUCUUUUCCUCCUCUGUUUUUUAUAUAAAGAAUAGGUUCCCCUUGUCACGAAAAGAGCUUGGCAAAAAAGAUUAAGGCCGACAUGUGCCAUGUCCUUGUAACUUUUAUGGGAACUAGUUUACAGUUGCUUCUGAUCUGCACAUAUCAAGAAAUUUGUUUUGUUUCUAGUGAUAUUUGUCUUUCUGUUUCCACCCUGAAAGUGAAAAAUAUUUGGUUGUAACAUGCCAAGAAAUUCUUAGAUGUAAAAAAUAACAUGUGACAAGACAUGAGCUGGACUCAAACCCACAAUGUUGAGAGUACAACUGCAGGAUGACACCCAACAUCACAUUUUGAUAAUAAUAUUUCCACUUAUUGCAAUAUUAUACUGGAUUGUUUCAUUUUUUAGAUGUUAGAUGUGGAAAGUGUUGUUCAUAUUAAGAUAAUCAAACCUCAUGUACACACAAAGGAUGCUCAAGGUGGUUUCCAGCUUAAAGCAUUUAUUUUAAGUUAGACCCUGAAUGCCUUAAAUCACUCAUAAUGUGUAUGGUUGGAUGUUCAUGCCUGCUUGAUUCACAGAAAUUAACCUGUUUCCUAAUUUCUGUGUUCAUAUGACUACUCAUUUGACUGUUUUUGAGGUGUGCAGAUAAAGUGGUACUCUGCUUCACAUCACUACUGUAUACCUAUCACACACUGUAUACCUGAUAUUGCUGUCUAUAUUUAUGAGAUAAAGAUAUAGUGAAUGAUAUUGAUAAAGAUGUUGAAGAAAAAUAAAUAUUGGUUGGUGGCUUA